GUUGUAUAGGGCAGCAGCAUCAGCAAGGGGGCAAAUAUGGGUAGGAAGCUGGAUGCUUUGCUUGGAAGGAAUUCCAACAUCUCCAAACUCAAAAACCUUGCUAAAAUGGCCAUCUCCAGGAUUUCCAUCCUCAAGAACCAGCGCCAAGUCCGGUGCUCACAUGCCCAGUCUGAUGUUAUUGAACUCCUUAAACUUGGUCAUCAAGAAAGAGCUCUCCUUCGUGUUGAGCAUGUGAUAAAGGAGCAGAACAUGUUGGAUGCGUUUGGCAUGAUAGGAAACUACUGUGAUCUCUUAAUAGAAAGGGCUGUGCUACUUGAAAACAAGGAAUGUCAUGAUGAGCUCAAGGAGGGGAUAUCAAGCCUGAUCUUUGCAGCUUCAAGGUGUGGAGAAUUCCCAGAGCUGCAAAAGAUCCGUCAGAUGCUCACUUCAAGAUUUGGGAAAGAUUUUGCUAAUUGUGCUGUUGAGUUACGCAACAAAUGCAGAGUGAAUCCUAAGAUCGUACAAAAGCUUUCAGCAAGACAACCACACUUGGAAAUCAGAUUGAAAGUCCUAAAGGGUAUUGCUUCUGAGAUUGGAGUCACUCUGUAUUUAGAGGAAGAUGCUCCUGUGAUUGCCGCCGAGGAGAAACUGGAUGUCAACCAGAAGCAGAAGCAGCUGGAACCUAAGAAAUCAGCAAACUUGGAAGAGAUAAUUGAGGAUGAGAAGUUGUCUGAAUCUGUAAAAGCAAGGAAGAAAUACAGAGAUGCGGCUGCUGCUGCUCAAGAGGCUUUCAAAGCGGCAGAAUAUGCGGCAGCAGCUGCAAGAGCAGCUGUUGAACUCUCCAGGUCUGAAUCAAGAGACAAUGAUCCAGAUGAAUAUGGUGGUUCUGCUCAUCAGCAAGGAACCAUAUCCGACUCCGAUGGGUCAAUGACGCCUAAAUUCUGAACCGAUGGAUAUGCAGCUUCAAGGGAGAUUAAGCACUCAAAAAAUAGAUUGGGUUUUGACAAGAUCCAUCCCAUUGACAAUUUCAGUUCAGAACCAGAUGCAAACAAAUCGGCAAAAACAACCAUAGCACGAGUAGAAUUGACGAGAGAAAAAAUAAAGCACGAAUAGAGAGGAAACUUUCUGCUUCAAGUUCAAAUUAAGCUAAGGCAACAUGCACCACGACUUGGAUUCUGCAGAAAUCUCAAGCUGAUCCCAUUGUGCUUGAGAUUUCUGCACCAGUUCGCAAUUGUUGUAGAGCACUUAAUACACCAAACCAAUAUAAGUACGUAGAGGAGGGAUUGAUUUCUUCUGUAGAAAAAUAAUGACAUAUAUGUAAAUUCCAUACCAUG